UUCCCGUUGUCGGAGUUCCUCCUGGCCAUGGGGUUUCUGCUGGUGUUUGUGGUGGAGCAGAUGCUGCUGGCGUUCAGAGAGCAGACGUGCGAGGCGUCUCUGGAGAAGCAGGCGCUGAUGGACUGUGAGGACCGAGACGCUGUCCACCGCAGCAGGACUGUGGAAGACGGCCGGAGUCACCUGGGUCUGCGUGUGUUCCUGCUGCUCUUCUGCGUGUGUGUGCGUGCGUUCCUGGAGGGGUUGAGCCUGGGCUCUCGGCGCGAGCGUCUGCUGGAGGAGUGUGUGACGCUGCUGCUCUAUAAGGGCCUGCUGGCCUUCAGUCUGGCUGUGCGUCUGAGCCAUCUCGCUCUGCGCCGGACGCUGCUGUCCGGAGCGCUGCUGCUGUUCUCGCUGGCCUGUCCGGCCGGGAUCGGGAUGGGGAUCGGGAUGGGUCUGGAUGGGACAGAGACCGGGGCUCAGCUGCUGCGCUGCGCCGUCGAGGGUCUGACCGCCGGGAUCUUCCUCAACGUGAGCCUGCUGGGAUCCCUGCAGCAGGAGUCCGGCUCUCCGGGGCAUCGCAUCCAUAAAGUGGCUUUCCUGCUCACCGGCUUCGCUCUGGUCUCCGCCGUCCUGUUCUGCAAAGUCUGAAGAAGAAGAAAUGGGGUUUGUAUUUGGAGCUGGCCUCGGUGAUCUGAGCCAAAAUAAAGCAAUAAGCUUAAAGAAGCUUCACGUCGUGCCUAACAAC